GCAGAGCGCAGGGACUCGGCUCAGCCCGGACUCGGCUCUCACCUCCCGCAGUGAAAACACGCUCUGUGCCAAUACAUGUUUGCGUAAUCCUGACUUUGCCCCUGGGGACUUGAGAGCGAGUUUAAAAGAGGUCAGACCGCCGCAGGAACCGUUUUUCUUCGGUUCCAGAGGGUCCGAUGGAGGCGCAGCUUGUCCCGCAGGAGUGGAGGGAGCACGGCCCAGGACAGGACAGGGAUGUGGGGGUGAAGAAGAGGAGGAGGGCUGAGAACGGUGUGCAGCCCGGGACAGAGGCGCAGGAGGAGACGCUGAUGAUGGAGCUGAGCAGGCUGGUGCAGGAGCAGGUGCAGGGCAGCAGCUGGUGGGAGCUCCGCGGGAAAGACUGCGCCAUCCUCGGCCUGGCUUUCGUGGCUUUGGCCCCUGGGUUCCUCCUCCUCCGCUCCUCCUCUCUCCUGCUCUUCUCUCUGGGUCUGCUGCUCCUGGGAGUGUCUCAUGCAGCGAUCACAGUGAAAGGAGCUCACCUGUCCAGUCACUCCUCUCUGACCCGCACCCCGCUCCUCAACCGCAUCUGGGCCGUGUUCUUCAUCGAGGUGUGCGGUGCGUUCAGUGCAGACGCGGGGGUCCAGGCGCACAUUAAGAUGCACCACGCCCACACAAACGUGCUCGGUCUCGGCGACUCGUCCACCUGGAAAGUCCCAGGUCUGAGUCGAAGCCUUUACCUGUUCAUCGCGCCGCUCGCCGUCCCUGUCAUCACCCCAUUGGUCGCUCUCGCUCAGCUGAAGCACCAGCCGCUCCUCUCGUCCCUCCGCACGCUCCUGAUGGUGUCUCUGGGUCUCUGGUCUCACUUCUGGAUCCUGGUUCACGUCUCUGAGUUUGGCUCGACUCUGUCUGCGCUCGGCUGCAUGUUCGUCACCAGAAACUUCUUCUCUCUGCCCUACAUCCACGUCAACAUCUUCCAGCACAUCGGUCUGUCCAUGUUCUCCCCGGAGCAGAGGCCAAAACGGAUCUACCAGAUGAGCCACGGAGUCCUGAACUUGCCCAGAAACUUGCUCCUGGACUGGACCUUCGGACACUCUCUGAUCAGCUGCCACAUCGAGCACCACCUGUUCCCCAAACUAUCGGAUAACAUGUGUCUGAAGGUUAAACCGAUUGUGAGUCGUUUCUUGGCGCUGAAGUCGUUGCCGUAUCAACAGGACUCGUAUUUGUCCCGCCUUCGACUGUUUUUUGACCAAUACCAAGAACUCAUGGUGUUAGCCCCGCCCAUCACCGAGCUUGUGGGCAUCCAAUGAGAAACCGGUAUUUAACCAGCCGUCCAAUCAGAGGACAGGACCUUCUGCACACUGGUCCAGAGGAUCCACGGGAGUCUGUGGUGAACGGGGAACGUGGAAAACGAUCUCUUUUGGGAUUAUUUUUGUUAGUUGACACUGGAACUGUUCUUAAAAAUUGAAAGUGUUUGACCUGGUUUAGGGUUAAUAUCUCUGUAAUUUCUAGACUUAUACAAAUGAAACAAAAACUUAAACAAAAUGGAUUCUUAUAAACUUUUAGCUGCGUUAUAAUGUUAUUACGUCAUCAAAAACAUACCACAUUAUAACAUAGAUCAGAAAAUAGUGUAGUACAGGCUCUUUAAUCAAUAUACUGUAUUUGAAAAAGAUUAAUAUAUUGAAUUUGACAAAAAAAUAAAUAAAAAAUGGAUUAUGAUAUUUGCCUUUACUAACUGUAGGAAAUGAAUGCACUGAAACAUUAUCUUAGCUUAUCUUGGUUGAAACCAUGCAGGGCUUUUAUUGUGAAAUCCUUUUGGAAACAUGUUAAAUAUACUUUUAUUUUGUUAAAUUACUUCAUAUAAACCAUCUGUUUUAUUUCAAUGAUCAUGUAAGUUUUUAAUAAAUUUGUUUCAUACUGACUGU